AUGUAAACUCUUGAUUAAAUUGUUGAGGAUCUCUUCAAUAAAUUUACUUUUUAAAAGCCCAUCCCUUGUCCACCUACACCAAUUAAACCUUAAAGAACGUAGUCUGCCUUCAGGAGAAAACCUCAAAAUCCAUAAUAAAUUUUAUAAUAGGCGACAUAAAUUGUGGAAAGAAAGCAAGUAAUGCUUAAUACAAUUUAAUCAAUGAAAUGUCAAAGAAGCUACACUGUUUGUAAGACUGAAGAGUCAACCAAACCUGUUAAAUUUGAAAGGUACCAAAUUACAUCUAAAUUGGCUGUUGGAGCAUUUGCAACAGUUUUUAAAGCGUAUGACAGAAUGACAGAUUCUUAAGUAAAAAUAGUAAACACAAUAGUUUAGGUAGCCAUCAAAAAGUAUAAUUCUAAUUUAUUGCAAUCAGAAUAAAAAAAACUACUUUUUAAAGAGACAGAGAUAUUGAGAAAGCUAGACCAUGAAAACAUAGUCAAAUUUCUAGGGACUUAUAAGAGUACUAUCGUCUUAGAAUUUAUAGAUGGAUAAACAUUAAGAAAUUAUUUGAAAAGUAAGUUUAAAAUUUAUUAUUUUCAGAUUAACCUAAUAGAAGAUUACAGGAAAAUGAAGCCAAACAAAUUUAUAGUUAAAUUAGAGAAGGAGUUAAAUACUUACACUCAAGAAACAUUUAUCAUAGAGAUCUCAAAGCCGACAACAUUAUGAUAAUCAAUAAUUAAGUUAAGCUUAUCGAUUUUGGUCUUGCUUCUGAAAAUUAGCUUUGUUAGGAUUACUGUGGAACACCUGCAUAUAUGGCGCCUGAAAUAUUUCAAAAAAAACCUUAUGAUGGAAAAAAGGCUGACAUUUGGGCCUUGGGAGUCUUAUUAUAUUAAAUACUAUGUGGAAAAGUCCCAUUUCCUGGUAAAAAUGAUGAAGAAAUCAUGUUAGCUUAAAUUCCUAAAUUUGUUUUGCCAAAAACAAUAAGCAGAGAAUUUCAAUAUUAGUUAUUACGACUUUUAGAUAAGGAUCAUACUAAGAGAAAAUUAUGA